AUGUCUUGUAGACAAGCUGUACGAAAGGAAGACCUUGCAUCCUCAAGUUCGAUCAUGGCAAGUGGAAUUCCUCGAUAUGUACGCGUUAAUACCUUAAAAAUGACUAAAGUAAAAGCUAUCGAGCGUUUUAUCGCAAACGGAUUUCAAUAUAUUCCAAGUGAUUUAGUAUACAAUGCUGGCACUGUUGACAUUACAAAACUAAGGGAGAAGAUAUUUACAUCAGAUAUACAUAUCGAAAAUUUACUGGUUUUACCCCCUAAAAGUGAUUUGCAUGAUAACGAGAUGUAUUUAAAUGGAGAAGUUGUACUCCAGGACAAGGCUAGUUGCAUUCCCGCUUUUACUCUCAAUCCACCUCCCCAAUCAUGUAUUAUUGAUGCUUGUGCAGCACCAGGCAAUAAGACUAGUCAUCUGGCAAGUAUAAUAGGCAAUGUGGGAAAAAUAUAUGCUUUUGACAUUAGUCCGAAUAGGAUCAAAACUAUGCGAGAAUUACUAGAUAAAGCUGGGGUUAACGUAAUGGAAUAUGAAGACGUAGAGUACAUUCUCCUAGACCCAUCUUGUUCAGGCUCCGGGAUUGUCGAUAGAGGUGAUAUUAAUGCCGAGAGUAAAAAACUUUGUAAUGCAAAUAAGAAUCGACUUCAAUCUUUGGCCGACUUUCAGCUAAAGGCCUUAAAGCAGGCACUAUCCUUUCCUUCUGUUAAGAAGGUCGUGUAUUCUACAUGUUCUAUGAACGUUGAGGAAAAUGAAGAAGUCGUCGAAGCAGCAUUGAAAGUAUUCGGUAAUAAAUACAAACUGAUACCGGUACUAGAAGAUUGGCCAUAUCGUGGGAUGUCUGGUUACGCUCAUUGGAAGUUCAUGUUUAGAUCAUCCCCAAAAACAUCCACUACGGGAUUUUUUGUGGCUUUAUUUUCAAGAAUAACCGAUCGGCAAACAAAAUUAAAUACUUUCUUUAAAAGGAAAGCUUCUUUUCAUAGAAGCUUACUUGAAAACUACGAUAGCAAUACGAAACGAAAGCGAAAGAAGAUCAAACGCUUCCUUCGCUUUAAGCGAAAAAACAUAUCUAGUGAUAAGGAGGCAUAA